CGCCGAGGAAGCUGAGGCGAGCCCGGGCCGGGCGCGAGGGCGCGCGGGCUGCCGCCGUGCUGCUGCCGCGGUUGUUUCCCCGUUCUCCCGCUCAAGCUAGGACGGUCUCUGCCGCCGCCUCCUCCUCCUCCUCCUCCGACCUCAGUCCUCACCACCCGCCUCCAGCUCCUCAAAAGCACCCCCGUAUCCCCACCCCCUCACGCCCCACCCGCGGGAACGAGGCCUCGGGUAUUCAGGGGAGUGGCUGUGGGGGCGCGUCGCGGCUCCCAGCUCGGCCAGCCCCUCUUUCAAGACAUGGUCUGAUCCCCAUUGUAAAAGCUGCGCCCCGAAGAGGAGGAGAGAGUGGUGCUCCCUGCCUGGGGCUGCAGGGAGCUCUCCGUGCUGAAGCUCUUGCAUUAUUUUAGGGUGGGGCGAGGAGGGCCCUGGAUUUUGGGGAGUGGGGGUGGGUGGGGAGGAGGACCCGAGGGGGGCAAGGACUCUGUGGGGGAGUCGGUGAGAGACUAUGGGGAAGGACCAGGAGCUGCUGGAAGCUGCUCGCACUGGAAAUGUGGCUCUGGUGGAGAAACUCCUGUCUGGCAGGAAAGGAGGGAUCCUGGGCGGUGGAUCCGGACCCCUGCCCCUGUCUAAUCUGCUAAGCAUCUGGCGAGGCCCCAAUGUGAACUGCACAGACAGUUCGGGUUACACUGCUUUACACCACGCAGCCUUAAAUGGACAUAAGGACAUAGUUCUCAAACUACUUCAGUAUGAGGCAUCAACAAAUGUGGCAGACAACAAAGGAUAUUUUCCUAUUCAUCUGGCUGCCUGGAAAGGAGAUGUGGAAAUUGUGAAGAUUCUUAUUCAUCAUGGACCAUCACAUUCCAGGGUCAAUGAACAGAACAAUGAAAAUGAAACUGCCCUACACUGUGCAGCUCAAUAUGGACACUCAGAAGUAGUUGCUGUUCUCCUAGAAGAGCUCACUGACCCGACAAUUAGAAAUAGCAAGCUGGAAACACCUUUGGACUUGGCGGCACUCUACGGACGGCUUAGAGUGGUAAAAAUGAUCAUCAGUGCACAUCCUAACUUAAUGAGCUGCAACACUCGCAAGCACACGCCACUUCACCUUGCUGCGCGCAAUGGCCACAAAGCAGUCGUGCAGGUGCUGCUGGAGGCAGGAAUGGAUGUGAGCUGUCAAACAGAAAAGGGGAGUGCACUUCAUGAAGCAGCUUUGUUUGGAAAGGUGGAUGUUGUACGAGUUCUGUUAGAAACAGGAAUUGAUGCCAACAUAAAGGAUAGCUUAGGUAGAACUGUCUUGGACAUUCUGAAAGAACAUCCAUCUCAGAAAUCUCUCCAGAUUGCAACACUCUUACAAGAGUAUUUAGAAGGCAUGGGAAGAUCUACAGUCCUUGAAGAGCCUGUACAGGAAGAUGCAACACAGAAAACACACAUUUCAUCUCCCGUUGAGUCUCCUUCCCGAAAGACCAAAAGUGAAACCGUCACUGGAGAAUUAUCAAAACUCUUGGAUGAAAUAAAACUCUGUCAAGAAAAGGAUUAUUCGUUUGAAGACUUGUGCCACACAAUAUCAGACCACUACUUAGAUAAUUUGAGCAAGAUUUCAGAGGAAGAACUUGGGAAAAAUGGAAGCCAGAGUGUAAGAACCUCAUCUACAAUAAAUUUGUCACCAGGAGAAGUGGAAGAGGAGGAUGAUGUUGAAAACACAUGUGGGCCAUCAGGACUUUGGGAAGCACUAACUCCGUGUAAUGGAUGUAGGAAUCUUGGCUUCCCCAUGCUUGCACAGGAGUCCUAUCCAAAGAAGAGAAAUUACACUAUGGAAAUUGUACCAUCUGCUUCUCUGGAUACAUUUCCUUCAGAAAAUGAGAACUUUCUGUGUGAUCUCAUGGACACAGCUGUUACAAAGAAACCUUGCUCCUUAGAAAUCGCAAGGGCAUCUUCCCCAAGAACUGAUAAUACCUCUGAGGUAGCAAUUACUACUCCAGGAACUAGUAACCAUAGAAACAGCUCAACAGGCCCAACACCUGACUGCUCACCUCCAUCCCCUGAUACUGCCCUCAAAAAUAUUGUAAAAGUCAUUCGACCCCAGCCUAAACAGCGAACAUCCAUUGUGUCUUCUCUGGAUUUUCACCGAAUGAAUCACAACCAAGAAUAUUUUGAAAUCAACACAUCUACAGGGUGCAAAAGCUUUACUGCCAGCCCUCCUGCUAGUCCACCCACCUCUUCUGUGGGAACCACAGAAGUCAAGAAUGAGGGAACUGACCAUACAGAUGACCUCUCCCAACAAGAUGACAAUGAUCCCCCGAAAGAAUAUGAUCCUGGGCAAUUUGCAGGCCUGCUCCAUGGAUCCUCUCCAGCCUGCGAGUCCCCUGAAAAUCCAUUUCAUCUCUAUGGGAAAAGAGAACAGUGUGAAAAAGGACAAGAUGAAGUCAGUUUGGCAAAAAGUCCUUUGCCCGUCAAGCAGUCUCCAAUAGAAAAUAACUCAGAACCUUUGGUAAAGAAAAUUAAACCCAAAGUGGUCAGUAGAACAAUUUUUCACAAAAAAAGCAACCAACUCGAAAACCAUACUAUUGUUGGCACAAGAUCAACCAGGAGUGGAUCCCGGAAUGGGGACCAGUGGGUUAUGAAUACAGGGGGAUUUGUGGAGAGAGCCUGUACUCUGGGGAGAAUAAGGUCAUUGCCUAAAGCCUUGAUCGACAUGCAUUUGUCAAAAAAUGUCUCUAAAUCUGAUUCCGAUCUCAUUGCCUAUCCGUCCAAUGAGAAAACAUCAAGAGUUAACUGGAGCGAAUCUUCCACUGCAGAACCCAGUUCUAAAGGAAAUUCUGAAAGAACACCAUCCUUCACAUCGGAAUGGGAAGAAAUUGACAAGAUAAUGAGUUCCAUAGAUGUUGGAAUCAACAAUGAACUUAAAGAAAUGAAUGGUGAGAUCACAAGACCCAGAUGCCCUGUCCAAACAGUGGGACAAUGGUUGGAAAGCAUUGGGCUACCUCAGUACGAGAACCACCUGAUGGCUAAUGGAUUUGACAAUGUGCAGUUUAUGGGAAGCAAUGUUAUGGAAGAUCAGGAUUUGUUGGAAAUUGGAAUCCUUAAUUCUGGGCACCGACAAAGAAUUCUACAGGCAAUCCAGCUCCUUCCAAAGAUGAGACCCAUUGGGCAUGAUGGCUACCAUCCCACCUCUGUAGCUGAGUGGCUGGAUUCCAUUGAACUGGGUGACUACACCAAAGCCUUUCUAAUUAAUGGCUACACAUCGAUGGACCUGUUGAAAAAAAUCUGGGAGGUUGAACUUAUUAAUGUUCUAAAAAUCAAUUUGAUUGGCCACAGGAAACGCAUUUUGGCAUCUCUGGGAGACAGGCUACACGACGAUCCCCCACAGAAGCCCCCUCGGUCCAUCACCCUCAGGGAACCCAGUGGUAAUCACACACCUCCUCAGUUGUCUCCAUCACUUAGCCAAAGCACUUACACCACUGGUGGCUCCCUAGACGUUCCUCACAUUAUCAUGCAGGGCGAUGCAAGGAGGAGAAGAAAUGAAAACUACUUUGAUGAUAUUCCCCGAUCAAAACUGGAGAGGCAGAUGGCUCAGCAGUCGUCUGUCUGUGAAAUAUGGACGAAUCAGAACGCAGGAUUUCCUUUCUCAGCGAUCCAUCAGGUUCAUAAUACAGGAGACUGGGGAGAACCUUCCAUUACCUUGCGACCUCCAAAUGAAGCCACAGCCUCCACUCCGGUACAGUACUGGCAGCAUCACCCAGAAAAGCUUAUCUUCCAGUCAUGUGAUUACAAAGCUUUUUAUUUAGGUUCUAUGCUGAUAAAAGAGCUUAGGGGGACAGAGUCAACCCAAGAUGCUUGUGCAAAAAUGCGGGCUAACUGUCAGAAGUCUACAGAGCAAAUGAAGAAGGUCCCUACUAUUAUUCUCUCUGUCUCAUAUAAAGGAGUCAAAUUUAUUGAUGCAACAAAUAAGAACAUAAUUGCUGAGCAUGAAAUUCGUAAUAUCUCCUGUGCUGCCCAGGACCCAGAAGACCUCUCAACAUUCGCCUAUAUCACAAAAGAUUUGAAAUCCAAUCACCACUACUGUCAUGUGUUUACUGCCUUCGAUGUGAAUUUAGCCUACGAAAUCAUCCUAACCCUGGGACAGGCCUUUGAAGUCGCUUACCAGCUAGCACUACAAGCAAGAAAAGGGGGACACUCCUCCACACUUCCAGAAAGCUUUGAAAACAAACCCUCCAAACCCAUCCCCAAGCCCCGCGUUAGCAUUCGCAAAUCCGUGGUCUUGGCUACUUGAAGAGGCAGAUGUCCUGACCAUCCAAUCUGACAUAGACCCUCAGUCACCUUCAAGCAUGUCAUCUACUUUUAAUUCUGUAUAACAUUUAUUAAUUGAGGGUUUUUUUUUUAACUGAUGGCUUGUUUAUUGUCUACCUCCCUCCACAAAAAAGUAAGUUUCAUGCACACAGGGACCCCACCUGUCUUGCCACCACCAGAACCAGGCCCAUAGCAGGUGCCCAGUGAAUAUCUGUGGAUGAAGAAAUGAGGGCCUGUGGAUGGAUUUCACACGUAUAUCUUUGAGACUGAUUAGGCUGUUAAGUGUCCAGGAAUUUGCAGAAUGUUUCUGAGAUUAUCUCUUAGACUAUUGUAUUCAUUCUCAUGUGGGCUGAAUAAAUCUGUUCACAGCAGGUGCCUCUAACUGACCUCACCCCGCUCCCCAUAGGCUUCUUCCAGAAGAGUACAAAGGGUUGGGUGCCAUAAGAGCUUGUAGAAUAUUCAUCCAGAUGCCUUCACUGGGAAAUAGGAACAUACACAGUGAAUAAUACUGAUAUCAUUUACCUGCUUCAAGGUCAGUCCCCCUCGACAGGCGUUAGUAUUCUGGUUCCCUCAGCUCUGGGCAUUUCUUGGUAAGAAAUAUUCAGUGAUCCCUAAGAACACGUGGGGUCCUUCCCACAGCCUUAUGAAGAUAUAGUCAAAGCACGGUAGAAGGCAGCUGCAUGGUGCCAGAGAAAUGGGAGAGGCCUUCCCGCAACCCCAGACUCUAAGCAGAGUAGGCAGCUAGAACAGGGCAGGCAGACCUGGAAACACCAAAAGAAGAGGCAGCUGUGGUACAGAUCUCACCCUGGGGUCGUUCCUGAGAGCAGACAGCCUGGUCCGACCCCAGGAGGGGCCUGUUGUAUUUGUAUGCACAGAGACACCCAGUCACCUUCAAGCAUGUCAUCUACUGUGUAGCAUUUAAUUCUGUGUAGCAUUUAUUAAUAUUAAAACCAUUUUAGAACCCACCUGGGUUUGGCUCAAGGCUCAGCCUGACUGGGCCCCUGCUCACCUCCUCGUCCUCAGUUGUCUGCCCUCCUGAUUCCCAGCCUGUAAACUGACCCCAACCCCUCAACGACCAUUUUCCCUUACCUCUGGGACUCUUUUUUUAUUGCUAUGUGAUAUUUUGACACAUAUAUACAAUGUGUAAUGAUCAUGUUAGUAACUGAGAUAUCCAUCUCAAACAUUUUUGUGUUGAGAAAUUACAAUUCUAGCUAUUUUGAAAUAUACAAUAAAUUAUUGUUAACUAUAGUCACCCUACUGUGCUAUCAAAUACUAGAACUGACUCCUUCUAUUUAACCAUAUUUUUGUACCUAUUAACCAAUCUCUCUUCAUCCCUACUCUCCCUUCUUCACUUUCCAACCUCUGGUAACCACCAUUCUACUCUAUCUCCAUGAGAUCCACUUUUUAUAGCUUCCACAUACGA